UCUGAGGUUGACAGGAGCGGGAAGUCGGAUGGUAUUCUCUCGAUCAGUGACUCGGUCGGUGAGACGGACGUGUCCUUUGACCUCAGUCACGUCCCAUCUGUCUUUGUCUCAUCAUCUUCAAAUCCAUCAGUGACCUUAUUGUCAGGAUUGCUCACCGGGAUCUCAAGCGCCAUAGUUGUCUAUGGUUCUGUAGAUAAACCCAGGUGUAGCGAAAGAACUGAAGGUACAUCUGAGGAUUAUUUCUCCUGCAAGCAAAGCUCCGGGUUUCUGAUGUCUCCGGGCUACUUCGAUUCAUAUCCUUCCAAUCUGGACCUCUCCUGGGACAUCGCCACCAAACCAUGGACUCAGAUCAGUCUGCACUUCGUCGAACUCGAUGUCAAGUCCUUGGAAGAAGGAUGCAAUGAGGACUACGUGAUCAUCAUGGAUAUGUCAUCUCAACGUUCACUUGGGCGAUUCUGCGAUCAGAAGAAACCCUCUGGAUUAGUUGUGUCGUCAUUGAACCGAAUGGAGAUCAGGUUCCAUUCCGACAGCAUCAGAAGUGGUGACGGUUUCUUAGCUGAAUACUCGUCAUAUAUUCUUAUUCCUGAUAUGAUCAACAGUACAAGCAAUCACACAUGUUCUGAUGGAUGGGAUGUUUUCCAUGGCUCAUGUUACCGACUCUUUAUCAACUCAGAAGCAAGUACAUGGAACGAGGCAGAACUGGUAUGCCAGGAAAACCCUAAGGGUCAUCUAGUCAGCAUUCGGGAUCAAGACGAGAUGGUCUUUCUACAUUAUAUGAUCUCUUCCCAAUGGGAAGUGACAGAGACCGAGACGUAUAUAGGAAAGUAUUGGUGUACCUAAAAGUAUUGUUUCCAGUUUGCAUGUGGCACUUUAACACAUAACACACAUUAUACCCUAAAUACUAGCAUGAACUAUGUCUCGAGACCUGGUACUAUUUGGUCUCUGUUUAACAUCUUGAUCAACGCCACUGUUUGUGCUUCAUGACGAUCUUGAACAGUCAGAGAGACGGACGUGUUUUGAGGAAAAGGGAUGUCCUUCAUUUAGCAAGACAGUUCCGCAGUGAUGAAGACGUCUUACUUUUUAGCCAUGCUACUCACUCAACCGCUGCACGCAUCACUAUGAAGAAACAUGACAGAACUGAAUUAAAUAAGAAAAUCAUUUAUA